AGCUACAGGGAGAGGCUGAACAGGCUGGGGCUGUUUUUCCUGGAGCGGCGCAGGCUGUGGGACUACCUUAUAGAGGUUUAAAAAAUUUUGAGGGGCAUGGAUAGGAAGCUGAUAAAAUAUCUGGGAGUGCACAAUGAUUGGGAAAGCUCACUUCCUGUUGUUACUUCUUCAAGCUGGACUGGCACAAGAGUGGAAAGUCCGCAUUCCAGAUGAGGUGAUGGUACACAAAGGUUCCUGUGCACAAAUUCCAUGUCAUUAUACUUACCCUUCUCAUCUGACAAACCAACCGCGGAUUGGAAUCUGGUUUAAUAAUGACAAAGGGGAAACAUCAUCAACAGCCUUUCACUCCAAGGACCAUAGUCGCGAGUUGGCACGGUUCCGCCAUCGAACCUGGUUGUCUGGAGACCUGAAAGAUGGAGAUUGUUCCUUGAUUAUAAAAGACAUCACACUGGAAGAUGCAGGACCUUAUUAUUUCAGGAUAGAAUUUGACAAUGUGAAUAGUUACAACUACUUACCUGUAACCCGGCUUCACGUUUCUGCUGGACUGUCACAGGAAUGGAAACGUGAUACUCCUGGAGAGGUGACAGUGCAGGAAGGUUCCUGUGCACAGAUUCCUUGUCAUUACAAUUAUCCAUCAUGUCUGGAAAAUGAACCACGCAACGGAGUCUGGUUUAACAGUGAGAACCAGAAGCCCAGGGCUCCCAUAGCCUUUCACUCCAAGGAUCACAAUCAUGAGUUACCACGGUUACGCAAUCGGAUCCGGCUAUCUGGAAACCUCAAAGAUGGAGACUGUUCUCUGAAUAUAACCAACAUCAGACGAGAAGAUGCAGGACCUUAUUUUUUCAGAGUAGAAUUUGAAAAUGGCCCCAGUUUUAACUAUUAUCCUGCAACCCAGCUUCAUGUUUCCCAUUUCACAGAUAAACCCAUGAUAGUCCCUGAGGAAAUUAUCGCGGGGAAGCGUGUGAACCUAAGCUGCACCUUCAACACAACGUGCAGUGGGAUAGCUCCUGUCUUAACCUGGGAUACUCCCACUGCCGUACCUGGAUCAGUCUCAAACACUGAAACUCAGCACGGAGUCACUCUGAUCUAUACUUCUGUUCUGAGCCUGAUCCCAUCCCCCAGACACCAGGGACAAACUCUCACCUGCAAAGUGAGUUAUCCAACUGUUUCAUCAGAGGAGACCCUCACACUGACAGUGCAAUACUCGCCACAGAAUCUCUCAAUUACUUCUCCUGCUGUGAUUAAAGCUUCAUCAAUCAACAUAAUUGAGGGGAAUUCCGCAGUGAUAACCUGCUCUGUUGAGAGCUUCCCAGCUUCUAACCUGACGUGGAGACAUCUUAAUGUCACAUUGAACAGAACAAGUUCCAACAAUGAGCUGUGGUUGGAGAUUUCUUCCAUUACGUGUAUGGAGACGGGAGACUAUCAGUGUGUGGCAGAGAAUGAACAUGGAAUAAUGGAGGGAUCCUUAACUAUCGCUGUGGAAUGUAGAGAUUUUCGUGAAUGGAAACUAGGAUUUUUAGUAGCUGGAAUCACUUUGAGUAUUGGACUGAGUGGAUUCUUCAUCUACAAGUGUGUGAGAAAAAUGAGAACCACAGGAAGAGACCAUUCAGCCCACACCAAGGAUGAUAACAGAAACACCCCAGGAGAACAGUCAGACAGGUCAAAGGAGAGAAGGAUGAUGAAAGAAGAAACUAAAGCUAGACGCUGUACACAUGAAUAUCAAGAAAUUGCUUCUGAAAACUGUGAGAGUCAGAAGAGGAAAGUUGAGGAAAUGAAAACGAAUCAUCAUAGCAAUGCAAAUCAGGACAAUGAUAUCUAUGCGAACUGGAAUUUUCAUGAGGAGGCUGUGUAUGGGAAUAUUUAAACAGAGCAAAACUAAAUAACACUCAUGUGGGGCAACACAGAUCGAGGGAACCAUUCAAAACUCCAACUUAUCUUCCUAAAAUCUGCUGAAAUCACCCCCAAGAAAUAGUUUGAAAUCUCUCGAGAUCAUAUACUGGAGUUUCUUAGAGGUGGUGUCAUUUCACAGAGUUGAGUGUUGGCAUCUGAGAUAUUUCUGUCUGGAUUUAAUUUUAAACAACUUUGCUUCCAACAGCAAGGUCCCAUCUCUCCAUUAUGCUUGUCAAUGUCUUUUGAAUUUUAUCAAACUUCUAUCAGGAUUAGACAGACACAUUCAACUCCGUGCUGGUUCCCUCUCUUUCACUCAUCUACUGGAUGAAUGAUCUGUGACUAUUCCCCUCGCCCAGAACUCUCCUUUCUCACUAUUUCCCUCCUAUGGUCUCUCAAGUCCUCUCCGAGCUCACCGUCAAUGAAAGCCUGCUCCAGUUCCUUGGAUUCAGUUCCCACUAAACCAUUGAUCACCCAACAUAACCUCCUGGUUCUCAUUCCAGUCAACAGUGUGAUGGUUCUCUGUUCAGGAACUGGUCCUUUCUCUUUUAAGUCUCCUAUUCACUCCCUUCCCCUCUAAACAUCAACUCUUCACCUUCUUAAAACUCCUGCUUCUCCCUCUCCUCCUUCAAGAUUCUCCUAUAACCUAACCUGUCCUUUCCUUUCAACUCUAUAUUAAUGAUUGUCCAGCAACUCUUUAUAAUCUUGCUUUUCAAUUCAAAAACCAAUUAUUCUGUGGAAGUAAACCUUUGUGGUUUGCAGUCAAUCUCUCUCCUGAGUUCAACAGGUUAAUAUUAGUCAGUGAAGACUUCCUCACAGACUUCGCAAAGAAGAAUGGACGGUUGUCCCUCAGAUACUGAUACCAUCUGGAUACCACAAGGAGAUCUUGUUGGCAGCAGAUCAAAUUUCUCUGAUAUGAGGUAAAGAUCAUGGAAAUCUCAAACAUUGAUAAGCCCUCAUUUUUACUGGAUGGGCAUUCACAAUGAUGUGGUGCAUUUUUUUUUAAAUCAUACCAUCCUUGCAACAUUGUGGGUGAACCUCAACAUGUAAUCAAAUCAGCACUUUCAAUCUGCAUACCAGAUAUCGCAGAACCAUUCUGUCUGAUGUUACUAAAUAGACAGGAUCAUCACCAAAUCAGUCAGGGACAUGGUGGCCUAGUGGUACUAUCACUAGACUAUUCCUCCAGAUAAUAUUUGUGGACCCACGUUCAAAUCCUGCCAGGUGGAUGGUACAAUUUGAAUAAAAUCUGGAAUUAGGAAUCUAAUGAUGAUGUUGAAAUUAUCUAGCCAGCAACAUCUUCAUUCUGUGAAUUAAUUUUUAAAAACAGGACACCAUCAUAUUCUUAUUAUUAUGACUAUGGCUGAGGGGUGACCUGAUAGAGAUAUAAACAAUUAUAUGGGGCAUGGACAGGUUGAGUAGCCAAGGUCUUUUUCCCAGGGCAGAAAAGUCCAAAAAUAGAAGGCAUAAGUUUAAGUUGAGAGGGGAAAGAUUCAAAGGGAACCUAAGGGGCAACUUUUUCACACAGAGGGUGGUGUGUGUAUGGAAGAAGCUGCCAGAAGACAUAGAAGCAGGUACAAUUACAACAUUUAAGAGGAUACAUGAAUAAGAAGGUUUAAGGGAAUAAGGGUAAAUGAGAUGAGAUCAGUUUCAGAUAUCUAGUUGGCAUGCACGAGUUGGACCAAAGGGUCUGCGUCCAUUCUGUAUAACUCUAUGAUUCUAUAAAUCACUUCCUAAGACCAUCCUUUUGGAGACAAUCUCAGUUGAAAUAGUAAUGAACAAAUCAAGUAUGAUCAGACCACAUUUGGAGUACUGUGCACAGUUUUGGGCCCCAUAUCUCAGGAAGGAUGUACUGCCCUGGGGGGUGUUCAAAGGAAGUUCACGAGAAUGGUCCUAGGAAUGAAGAGCUUAACGUAUGAGGAUCAUUUGACGACUCUGAGUUUAGAAAGAUGAGGGGUUCUAAUCGAAACUGACAGAAUACUGAAGGGCCUGGACAGAGUAGAUGUUGGGGGUUGCUUCCAUUAGUAGGAGAGAUUAGAAUGCGAGGGCAUAGCCUUAGAGUAAAGGAAAGACCUUUUAAAACCGAGAUGAAGAAAAACUUCUUCAGCCAGAGAGUCGUGAAUUCAUUGCUACAGAAGGCUGUGGAAGGCAGGUUAUUGAAUAUGUUUAAGACUGAGACAGAUAGGUUCUUGAAUAUCAAAAGGAUCAAGGGUUAUGGGGAGAAAGUGGGAGAAUGGAUUAAGAAACUUAUCCACCAUGAUUGAAUGGUGGAGCAGACUCAAUGGGCUGAAUGGCCUAAUUUCUGCUCCUACGUCUUAAGCUCUGAAGAACGUUCUCAUUACAGACUACUCGUAGCAAUGCACUCAGAUCAAGUUUGCAAUUUUGUAUUUAAUAAUUUUGAAGUCACGGUGGAUAAAUUGAGGAUCAAAGAAUUAAGCCAAUAGCAGUACUGACCCACCAAUAACGCACCACUAUCUUAGUAAUGAUCCUCAGUAGUGUAGCACUCACUCAGUCUAUACUCUACAUUGAGAUGCGGUCUCACCAAUGCUCUGUAUAAUUGAAGCAUAAUAUUCUUAACUUUGCAUCCAAGUCCUUUCAUAAUACAGGACGGUGUUUCAUUAGCCUCCCAAAUUACAUGCUGUGCUUGCAUAUUCAUACUUUUUGAGUCAGGCAUCACAACACUGAGAUCCCUCUGCACUCCUGAAUUCUGCAGUUGUUCUCUGUUUAAGCUACUUUUGUUAUUCUUCCUGCCAAAGGAAACAAAUUUACAUUUUCCCACAUUGUAUUACAUUUGCCAGCCCUUUGCCCCUCGCUCAGCCUGAAACCUCCUCAUGACCAUUCCACACUAUACUUUCUGACCUGUCUUUUUGCCACUCUCAAAUUCAUGCCUUGGGUCCUCUCAUCUAAAUCAUUUAUGUAAAAUGUAAAGUGUUGAGGCAUCACUACAGUCCCCAACAAACUCCAUGCAUCACAUCCUGUCAAUUAUUAAAGGACCUUUUCAUGCAAACUCUGAUUUCAACUGGCCAGCCAGUCUUCUAUCCAUUCUAAUCAACUGAUCAGCCAAUGAGCUAAGCAAGAGCAGUCUUUGUUCUGCUAAAAUUAUAAUGACUUUAACUUUGUGUUAUCCAUGCUAAUAUGCUUCGUUUUUUUGUCAUAAGUUUAUGUGUACAGUAGACGAACAGGAAGCUGGGAGAAUUUAGCAAGUGAGGCAGCAUCAGGAGGUACAGAAGUCGCUGUUUCAGAUAUAACCCAUCUUGAGGACUGGGGGUGAGUGUAAGGGGAGCUGCAGAUAAAGGGGAUGAGGGGAGAAGUUAGUGAGAUGGAGACAGGUACAGGGUGCAAUCUGGUUGGUUGAUGUGAGGGAUGAAUCAGAUAGGUGGCUGAGAGAAAUGGAAGGGAGGCGGAGGGAGGUUUUAUUUUGAAAUUUGAGAACUCAAUGCAGGCUGCCCAGGCGGAAGAUGAGAUGUUGUUCUUCCAAUUUGUGGUUUGACUUGUUGUGGCAAUGGAGGAAACCAAGGAUGGUCAAGUCAGAAAGGAAGUAGGAAGGGGAAUUAAAAUGGAUGGUGACUGGGAGGUUCAGUCAGCCCCUGGCCCAGCUAAGAUGCUCAGCGAACCAUUCCCUAAGUUUACGUUUGGUCUCACAAUGUAGAGAUCACAUCAGGAUAACCAGAUACAGUAAACUACGUUGGAGGAGAGGCAGAUGAACCUCUGUUUCACUUGGAAGGAAUGUUUGGGGCCCCAGAUGGAGAUGAAGGGGAUGGUGUGCGGCAGGUUUUAUAUCUUUGCCGGUUGCAGGUGAAGGUACCUGGGAUUUCAGGGAUGUUGAUGGGGAGAGGGACACAAACCAAGGAUUGGCAAAGGAAAUGGUCUUUGUGGAAGGCAGAGAGGGGUUGGGAGGGAAAGGCGUCCUUGGUAGUGGGGUCUAGUUGGAGUUGGCGGAAGUGUUUAAGCAUGAUGUAGUGCCUGGUGGGGUGGUAGGUGAGGACAAUGGGGACUCUGUCUUUUUUGCGUUUGUGUGUGGGAGGGUGUGUGUAAGUUAACAUUUUGUAUGACACCUUGCCACAUGCCUUGUGGAAGUCCAAGUUCAGAACAUUAACAAGCUCACCUUUAUCUACAUUUCUUUCAAAGAACAAUAAAUUGUUUAAACACAAUUUCCGCUCCACAAAACCAUGCUGAAUGUUUGUGAUCACUUUGAAAUAUUCACAUGUCCAGCUAUAACUUGCUCAAUGACUGAUCGAAACCCCUUCCUCACUAGAGAUUUUAAUCUAACUGGCCUGCAGUCCCCUGUUUUCAGCCUCCCUCUCUUCUUGAACACUGCAGUUAUACUUGCAACUUACCAGUCAAGUGGAACCUGUGAUGAUACUUUGUCUUUAAGAGAUAUAUUUUGUCCUUUAUUUUAAAAUGAAGAAAGGUGCCAAUCAGUAGCAUUUUCUGGAGUGUUGAAGCUGGGUUUCGAAGAUGUCAUUUCCUGCUGCUUUCUCCCUGAGAAUUUGCUGUUGAUGUUUUUCCUCCUAGACAGGAGAACUGUAUGGAAGACAGUCCAUUUUACUGCCUAGGUUUAUGGGAUGUUACUAUAUUGUACUAUACUGCUUAAUAUUUAAAUAAUCUCUUAUCUGUUAAGUUGUCCAAUAGAUUUGUUAUUCCAAUUUCAUCUUUAUUUUGUUGUAUUUUGACUAGAGUAUAUGAAUAAAGUGUGUUGUGCUUAGUGACCGGUAGUUUGACCAAUUGAAUUGGUCCUGGAAUGCAACACCUGACACUUGCCU